GCGGAGGAACAGCGGGAGCGCCGCGCCACCGCGGAGUUGAGCGCUGUGCCGGCGGAGCCGCCGCGCUGCGCCCCCGCCGGGCCCGCCCGAGCCGCUCCUCCCCCAGCCGGCCCUCCAGUGUCGCCAGGUUUCAGGAAGCGACCCCCACGGGGUGCGUGCUGUGAGGCCGCGGGGCAGCAGAGGCGCCUCCCUCGAGGAGCCAGCCGGGCGGCGUCCCGCGGGGAAGAUGAGCGGCACCGGCGCCAGGUCCAGCCACCUGUCCCAGCCGGUCGUGAAGAGCGUGCUGGUGUACCGCAACGGGGACCCCUUCUUCGCCGGCCGCCGCGUCGUCAUCCAUGAGAAGAAGGUGUCCAGCUUCGACGUCUUUCUGAAGGAGGUGACGGGCGGCGUUCAGGCGCCCUUUGGGGCCGUCAGGAACAUCUACACCCCGCGCACCGGGCACCGCAUCCGGAAGCUAGACCAGAUCCAGAGCGGGGGCAACUACGUGGCCGGAGGCCAGGAAGCCUUCAAGAAACUCAAUUACUUGGACAUAGGAGAAACCAAGAAAAGACCUAUGGAAGUUGUUAACACAGAGGUGAAACCGGUGAUGCACAGGAGACUCAACGUGUCGGCUCGCUUCAGAAAACCGCUGCAGGAGCCCUGCACUAUCUUCUUGAUUGCCAAUGGAGACCUCAUAAGUCCGGCUUCUCGCCUCCUCAUCCCUAGAAAAACCUUGAGUCAGUGGGAUCAUGUCCUACAAAUGGUCACGGACAAAAUAACUCUGAGGAGUGGGGCUGUCCACAGACUCUACACGUUAGAAGGAAAACUGGUUGCGAGCGGGGCCGAGUUGGAGAAUGGGCAGUUUUACGUGGCGGUCGGCAGGGAUCGGUUCAAGAAACUGCCUUACAGUGAAUUACUGUUUGACAAGUCAACAAUGAGAAGGUCUUAUGGUCAGAAGUCUUCUUCACUACCUCCUAUCGUAGGAUCCAGAAAGUCUAAAGGGAGUGGAAAUGAUCGUCAGUCCAAGUCAACAGUUGGAUCCAGCGACAACACAUCCCCUCAGCCCCCGAAGAGGAAAGGGAAAAAAGAAGAAGUGAAUUUGGAAAAACCCAAAAAAGGGAAACAAAAUGUAAAGUUAAAGAAUUCACCACAGAUAGUUCCAGACAGCGAUGAAGGCGUCUUCAAAGCUGGAGCAGAGAGGUCUGAGACACAGGGGGCAGCAGAAGUCCAAGAAGAUGAAGAUACUCAAGUCGAGAUCCCAGUUGAUCAGAGGCCAGCAGAAAUAGUAGGUGAGGAAGAAGAUGGAGAGAAAGCCAACAAGGAAGCAGAGCAGAAAGAAGAUUUUUCAGGAGUGAAUGGCCAAGUUGAAGAGGGAGGAGGUGGGGAGGCUGCAGACGCCCCCGAGGAAGUCGAGGAGGUCCCCGAUCACGGCGAGGGGCAGGCGGGUCCCUCUCGCAAUAAUGGAGGCACCAAUGAAGAAAAUGGUGAGGAGCUGGAUCAGGUUAACACGGAGCUUCAGGACACAGUGGACGAAGAAGUAAAGUCUGAAGGAGCUGGCAGUGGACAGGAUGAGGCUGACUUAGACCCUCAAAGACCACCAAGACCAGAAGUAAAAAUCACCAGUCCACAAGAAAAUGAGAACAAUGAACAAAACAAGGACUAUGCCGUCGUAGCAUAGAUCAUUUCUAAAAAGAGAGUGCAUUAGCAGAAAAAAUGAAGGGUUCUAAUACUUGAAUGAUAAGUAUAUAGUUAUUGCGGAACAUAAUGUGACAACAUGGUUGACUGCUACCUACUGAAUUUUAAGAUUAGAGGCUUAAUGGAAAGAUUAGAUGAUUUUGAGUAGCUACUAAAGGACAGUGGCUUCUUUUCAUGGGAUGUGUUUUUAAAAGUCAUUUAGAAAAAUUAAGAGGGAUAGAGGGGCAUUUGCACUGGAUGACAAUUGGCCACUUGUCUUUGUAAGCAAUGAAAAAGAAUAGGACCACACUUCUUGUAUACUUUUCCAUAAAUUUAGAAGUGAGGUUAUUAGAUGGGAGCUUAUUCUAAAGCACUUAUCUAGGAAGGCAUAGAAUUUUAAAGAAAUGAUAAUAGGAAAACCUGUACUAUUUUUUUAAAGCAAUAAACUCUUUAAUAACCACCAAUUUUAGUGUAGUUUUAGGCAGUAGAUCGAAAUGUUUCAAUGACUUGUUGACAUUCCUUCCUUCUUCCUCCUUGUCCCUGAUCCCAUCUCACAUGAAUUAAAAAGGCUAUAACCCAGUUAUGUCACCAAGCUUGCUUGGAUGGUUUAAAAGUUCUGAUUAUGUUAGAAGACUCAAUAUUGGCUAAAGAUUGAAUUCUCUCCAAAUAGUUUUUUUAACAAAAAAAAAAAAAAGCCAAAAAACAAACAAACAAAAAAACCCCACAAAGCCAAACAAACAAAAAACGCCCAAGAAAGCAUAACAGGAAAAAAGGAGGAGGCUAUGUGGGGAGUUUGUCACUGCUUGAUCUGACUUGCUUUUUGGAUUAGGAUUUCUAUUUCUUACUAUUUCUAUUAGGAUUAGCUUUGUCAUAUUUUUGCCCCAAGGGGUAUUAGCAAGUGUCUAUUUUAAUGGCCAGUUAUAUUUAGACUUUCAAGCAGCUUCCUCCCUAUAUAAUUAGAAGCCAUGUGAUAGAAAUUGUUGAAAAAUGUUUAAAUUGUCAUCAUGAAACCAGUUCCUUAUUAGAAUUUUGUGGGCUAAUUAAAUCAACUUGCAAUGACCUUGCUGGGUGUAUAUGGGGAGAAAGACAAUUGUAUUAGUUUUCUUAAUUUUUAGGAGAUGACACAGAUCUUCCUUAAAUAUAGAAAUGAUAUAUUUUUCUCACGUGAAAGACUAUUUUCAUUAGUUAUGUAGAUGUUAUAUAUUUGAAAUGUAAACUUCUAGUGCUCUUAGGUUUAAACGAUUUUCUUCCUCUCCAGAUUUCCUAACCAAUCAUUUAGAAUAAAAGUAGUUGUAUCAAGCACUUAAGAAUACUACAGAAAAUGAAUGUAUUUUUCCUAGAAGCUAUUUUAAUAUUUUCUACAAAUAGGAAGCAUAAGCGGAGACUGUAAUGUAACAGUAUUGGAAAGAGAGAGUGAUAUAAGGGCAUAUUAAUCUGGGAAGAUGAAUUAUAAAUGGGGGUUCUGUAUUUCUGGUAUAAAAUGUAGAUUGCACUUUUUA